UCGAAGCGCAAAGCCGUCCCUACUCUCACUCACAGCGAACAGAGAAGCGGAGCGACCAAGAGGCGAUUCCAAGGAGCAACCCCCGUGAGAGAGCGAGAGCGAAGCAGCAGCAGCAGCACUUUCUUCUUCACCCGCCAAAACAGAAGUAGCUCCGUCAUCAUCGCAAGAUGUUUGCCCUGCUCAUCUCCAUCUUUAUCCUGCACAUUGCCAACAUCGUCCUCCUCUUUGUGGCCACCAUUGACAAUGCUUGGUGGGUAUCGGCGAAUGGUAGCAAUGUGCUUGACCUGUGGCAGUCUUGCAUACAAGCUGCAGAUGUCUGGAAUUGCAACGCAGCCUUCAAGGCUCAAGAACCGUGGCUGCAGGCGGUGCAGGCUCUCAUGAUCCUGUCUGUCAUCCUGGCCUGCCUGGCGCUCGGCCUCUUCGUCUUCCAGCUCUAUCGCCUCAAGAAGGGCGGCCGCUUCGUCAUCUCUGGCGGCGUCCUCCUGCUGGCCAGUCUGUGCGUGAUCGCGGCCGCUGCGGUGUACACCGGCCAGUACCCCUCCACAGAAGCACCGUACAAUUCGGGCAACUUUGGGCACUCCUACAUCAUCGCGUGGGUGGCCGCUGGACUCACCUUCAUCAACGGCCUCAUCUACGUCUUCCUGCGGAAGCGCUCCUAAGCUGUCUGCCCCCCAGGCACUUCCGUACAAAAAAAGCAUCCCAGUCACACACGGCAUUUUGGCCACUGAAUCUCUGCGGUAGUGGUUACAAUUAAAUACACACACAAAUUCUUUUUUUUUAAAGUGCAGCUAUGUGCUGGCAAAGUCAUCUUUUAUCUUUGCUCUUUCUUUAUGUUUUAGUUUUCUAUUAUUCACUCACAAUGUAUUGAAGCGUUACAGUGCGUUUCCCUUGAUUACAAAUGCGCCAUUGGUUUUGUUUUUUGUUUACAGUGCUGGCAAAAUUACUCAGACAUUUUUUAACCUUAAUUUUUUGGCUUCAAUCGCCUGCUUUUAAAAAGAGAUGUGGUGAAUAUUUGAGUCUAGUUCCUUUUUGUUUAUCAUUACUGUUAUUAUUAACGUACACAUUAAAUAGGUAAUCCUGAGUCCUAUGGGCACAAAUUAUUAGAAUUAUUAACACACGGAUGUUGAUAGUGGGAGUGACUUCUUGCUCGAUUACGAUUUAAAAAAUUCUAUAUUUUAAUUUGAUAUGCGGUGAGGAAUGGUGGAGGUUGCCCCCUCAGGCUUGGCACAUACGGUAGAAUCACCACGGCUUUACAAGCGAAAGGAAGGAAAUGUGUGCGCGCACACUCUAAGUCAUUAAACAUUCUUAGCAAACUUAAAAAGGCCAUAUGUAAAGAAGCAAGCACAAAAAAAUAUACACACGUGUCAUCCAUGUGUUUUUUUUUAGCAAUCGCUAAGCGUGCCAGCAACGCCACGUGCAACACAAACAAGGCAACUUUCAUUCCCAAUAUUUAUGUAACUCAUCCAUCUGUCCAACGCGGCAGGUGACUAUGUGUAUGAGCACCGCAAAAACCCACAGGUGUCAAAUACAUGAAAAGGAAGCUGAUUUAUGUUUAAUGCCGCUCGUAUGAAAAAAAGGUGACUCGCUGAGUUGUGUGAAUCUGUCGUGUGCAAGAAUUUUUAAGCACGUGUGUUCAGCGAUUGCAAACACACAGAUUCCUUUUUGUUUCCAAGUGCUUUAACGCUGAAGAAAUAUAAACAAGGUUUGUUUUGCCUUGAAUAAACAUUAGGAAGCAGAGUUGCCUUUAACCUUUUGCCAAUAAUGUAUUUCCAACGAUUAAGGCGGCGGUGGUGGGUUUGUGCAUCUCAGUUAUUGUGGUAAAGAAAGAAAAGAAAAAAAAAUCUACUUUCAGGCGUAAUUUUUAAACGUGCGUUAACAGUGUUUAUAUUAAUCUUGCGUUCGUAUUUUGGUUCCUAAAGUUUUUUUUGUUACUAAGACACAUUCAGGUGAUCUCGUCAUUCUUUGAAAGUUCGUGUGGAGUCGUGUACAAUAUCGCGCGUAUGAUCGGAUGUCAUAGGAUAAAAGCAGGGGCUUUCACAGUUACACCUUCCUCUUGGUAAAUCAAACAUUACGGUUUGCCUUUUUCACUUAACAUGCGGACAUCUGAUUAGACGGCUGGCUCGGGCAGCAGCAGGCCCUCUUGCCGGCAAACAUGACCCCAUCAUAACCUCCGGGGAAGAAGCUAUGGUGGCAUUGGCAUUUUCACAUGAAUCCACUUCACUUCAGUUUCCACGGGAUGUCACAGCAGAUUCGACAAAUAUCUCUUUCUUUCUUCACCCCUUCCACAGGGCACCCGUCUAACAUACACAAACAAUAGUUGGGCACACAGUUGCAAUGAUGGUUAACGACCCACCACCCCCCCUUCACGAUUAACAUCCUUGUUUCAGCAGCAGUAAAUGGAUAAGCUUGUGUCGUCUGCGUUUGGUCAACCAAUAUUGUAUGUUUACCAGAAAACCGUUUGGAAUUAUAGUCCAGUAGCAAGUCAGCGUCUUUGACAUCAAGGAUCUUUGAGGCAGAGAUAGCCCAGAGCCAGAGCUAUAUAAAUUCCACAUUUUUAUGACAGGGGCCAGACCCUUAAUAAGUGUGUGGGCACUUAUGAAAGCAGCGUUAUCCUACUAAAUGACCAUAUACUCUAAGAAAAUGUUACCAUUUUAAUUCUUACAAUGAAAACAAAUAUUUUUAACUAAAUCCGAAAGUAACUUGUGUGUGCGUGCGGGUACAGUAUACGUCUACGCAUUUGCGCUAAUUCAUUUAUAGCUAACGAAAGUAGUCGAUCUUAAAUUGUGGGCCGUAAUUAAACAUCCACAACUGUUUCCGCAAGUGCCACUGUCUUUACACUGCUUUCUUUGGCUGCACGUUAUUAUUGUUCGGGCAUGUCACUGGGAAAUUAGUUUUAUUUAUCUCUUUUUGUUUUGCAUUCAUUCCAUCUAGGUUCUGGCUUCGUGUAACGCUACUGGGGUUUAUUUUACACACGUACAGUGUUUGCUACUGUAUGACUAAUACAUACUUUGGGAAAAGGUGGCCAGAGGCACAGCACAUUACUUAGCGUCUUGAAUCGUACAAGAAAUAUGCCUAUAAAACUUACAUUUAUUUACGAAUGAAUAUAGUAAUUUAAAGGAUAUCCAAUUGUGAUGUUUGAAACACUACAUUUUCUCGGAGCCAAAUGUGUUAACACGUUACAUACAUAUGGUACCCAACACAAAUUAAGAAACACGUUAAGCGAUGGAAGUAAAUCAUUAGAAUUCGAUUAAAUAAAGGUUUGGGGAAGGUUAUUAAGAAGCAAACAUAGCUGACUUGCAGAUGUUAUAUUUUACGUGCCUCACCUGAAACUCAGAGUGAACGAAUAAACGGCGAUGUAUUUCAAAAAUUUACCCUCAUCCAUUUACUACGGCUGGAAACUAUAAUUUAACAUUGUCGUUCCACUCAUGGAUCAAGACCUCCCCACUCCAUGUUACUCAUGUUUUUUUUUAAUAACAUAAGUCCAGGUUGGUGAAGAGUGGAGAGAGCAGUGCCGAGUCUAUCACCUUGGCCACUGAUGUUGACUGUUGAUGAGAAUCGAAUUUGGACCGGUUCAUGGCUAACUAACUUUUUCUUUUAGCAGGUAAGAUCAAAUAAAAGGCCCGCUGAGCUGGCCACAAAUACUAGCUCAACGAAAAUUGGCUUAUCGGUCAAAUACACGAAACGCAAGUUGAUUUGAAAUGCGGAGGGAAAAACCGGAGGGCUUGGAGAAAUAUACACACAUCUAUGGAGAGAAGACAUAAACUCCAAAUAUACAAGUGUCAGGGUCGGGAUCGAACCCAUGUCCUGUAUACCAGGCGAGGUAGUUAACAUCUUGCCACCGUGGUUAGCUCAUUGUGUUAACGCCAAUACCACCGCUUCCACUCAAUGCUAUGUUGCCUGGCAUAAAAAAAAGAAUUAACUAAUAAAUAAGGCAACAGUACAUUGCCCAUUAUCAUCAUCGGUAUACUAAAUAUAAUCAUACAUUUGCCAGCGUUGUGAAGUUUCAUUAUAUUGCUUUGUUCAAGUUUAAACAAAAACACUCCAUUGGAAUAUCUUUUGACAACAUUUUAUUUGCAACCAUUACAUUUGUUCUAUAUUAUUUUUAGAACGAUCUUACCAUUUGCAGUCAUGGAGUUGGGCAUUGGAUAUGAAAUAUAUAUUGAAAGUAUGUCUAUAUGCUUUUUUGGAAGAAUUUUGUUGCAGAUUCAUAAUUAGAAGCAUGGUAUAUUUCCAUACGGUUAACUGUCCUAACAGGUUACUAUUCAUCAUGAUGUGGACAUUUUAUUCAAAUGUAUCGAAAUGUUUUAAUUGGCUACGAUGGACAUCAUUGUAUUUAUCCCUAACCUGCAACGGAAUUUUCUGGUUUUAAAUAAAGGCUUUGGCCCUCAUUAAAGUCUGCCUGCUGAUUGGGUCAGCGGCUCAGUGGGGCAGAGGCCUUGCUGACAAGGCAAGGCGAUCAGCAAGAGGUGAUGAGGUCAUGGUUUCAGAUCUACGCGUCCAAGUUGUUAUCUCACCCGUCACUGUUAUCACGCAUGCGAGAGGUUUCGCAUCCCCAAGUCCCAAGACUUGCCGAAGAUCAGCUGUUGGUGAUAAUAAAGCAGUGUUGUACAUUUUUUUUCGUCAGGCAUUUCUACAAAUGCUUUGCAACUUGACUGUAACAUCGUAGAUAAAUACGAUUAGUUCUAAAGAAGCAUCGCACAUUCAUGAUACUCUAGAAAUCCGACCCUUAAGUGUUCGACCCUGUUUACUAAUCACUAUGUGAAGUUGACUGGAAAACGAUCUUAGAUUUUAAUACAUUUUUAAGAGUGACAACUCAACGAAAGUGUUUGUAUGCCGGCAUAGCUCUUCAACAAUAAAUCCCUGGAAGCUGUUGAAAUUGUGCCUUAACAUUGAACGUCAUGGCUUCUGUGGACUUGUGAUUGGUCAAAACCAUUCCAUGUGACCCUUACAAAUAUGAGUGAUACUAUUGAAAGCCAGCAUGGGGUGGUUGCUGCCAUGAUCGGUUUCCCCUUUCUCGUACGAUGGUCACCUGGAACCUUUUUGAUGAAUCCCAUCCUGAUUUUAAGCCAUAAUGCUCAAUGGUACAAUUGCAAAAAAUAAAGAAACUGAUCUAAAGAGACUUGGCAGGUGCAUAGAUGACAUUGUACCGCUUGGCUGUGUAGCUCAUCUGAUGAAAUAUUGUUCAUUUGACACCAAUACAGGGCAGCCUUUUUCAUUGUUUUAAACUGUAGGUUAUGACAUAAUAUCUCAAAUGUUCAAAACGUGGAUUUAUUUUUUUGUUUAAAAUAGAAAUAUAUCUCGAGUCGAUUUCAUUAUUGUAAAAUGAGCUGCAAAAAUAUUUUUCAGGAAAUAUAUUUUGGAAGAAUGUUUUAGAUUCAUUUGCUCGAGCAAUAUAGUGGCUAUUCUACCAUGCCGGACAAUAAUCUAUCCAUAUUUACACUUUGGAUAAAUACCUUUUAUUUCCAUGGCUACAUUGGGUGGAAAUUUUUUUGCACUUCCCAAAAUGAAAUCUGAUGUGAAAGGCAGUUUAUUGCUGCAUGCCGAUGCAACAACGCUUUGGAGUUAACAGGAUUUAAUACAUACUGCCAUGGUUAGCUACAAGUUGCCAUGUUUCAAAGAACGUUGCGGGUUUCAUUCGCCGUUGCAGUUUUAAUCGGGCACCUCAGUGAUGUAAUAUGCUGAAAGGUGUUGGAACUCCUUAGCACAAAUGUGAAUGAAUACUAACAAUACAUUACACCGGCAUUUGUAUGUGUUUGCAUUGCCUUUUGUAUCCAUUAUAAAUCAAUAUUUUUACGGAAAUAAUAACUUUGAAUGGAAUGGUGCUAAAUAUAAUUCACCGUACUUGACAUUACAGAUGUCAACCCAAAUGCAUAACAAAGUUAAUUUGUGAUGGAAGAUGUUUACCUGAAUUGAUCUACAUCUGUAAAGAGUGAGACCCAAUGUGAACCAAAUUCUAAGCGCAAUGUGCUUUAUAAAAAUCGUCAAUUAUAAUAAUGGAAUGUGCCAAAUAUUUUUCCACUCAAUGUAUGGAUUAUCCUUUUCUAUUUUUUACUUGUAUUGUUUAGAUGCAUAAAAUAACUAUAUAAAUGUUUAGAUGUUUUUUUUCAACCCAGCAAAUAAAAAAACCGGUUCUAACUUUGUAAUUUACUUUUCAUCCCAUGAAAAAUCCUAAUAUCAAAAUGUGUUGUAGGAUUAUAUAAAACAGAGAUUCAUAUUGUGAGGGAGAAACUCUGAGAGACACAUUGUUGGAAUGUACAAAUGCUGUAAGAUCCUACAAGACAUUUUAUUGAAAGCUUAGGAUUUUAAUUUCACGAGGGAUGUGUUAAUCCAAAACAACGAUAUAUCUUGUGUACAGUGUAUAAACGCUCAUGUAGGUGAUGUGUAAUGUGGCUAGUUUUUAAGACGUGUUCACACUUGACACUGGGUGCGGCAGAAUUAUUGGCGGGUAAUCAAAACUACAUUGCCUUUGCCCUCUUGAGCCUACGUGGGCUGUGUGCUCUGACCAGAGUAAUACGAUUAAUCGUCGUCAGCCAUGGUCAAUCCACUGCUGGAUGAAGGCCUCCCCAAGACGUUGCCACCACAUCGUACAAUCCUGUGACGUAACCCGCAUUAGCACGUAAACCGACUUCAGCGGCGCUCCAUUGGUUGACUGAAUAUUUAUGAAGGUCAGGUUGGGUCGUUCAUCCGGUGCCCCUCUCCAUGAAACAGCAUCCCUGAGUGGUUCCUCGGGUAUCAAAGAUCGGAUCAAUAAUCUGUGCUUGGUUACGGAUCAGCUUUAAUGAUGGUGUUACUGUGCCACCCGCUGCAAUUGGGCGUCGGCGGCAAUGCUGCAAGGCUUGACACAACUGGGCACGUGGCACGGAUAAUGAUCGUGUAGUUUCUUGAUGUUCCGUAUUCGAUGAAAAAAAUAAUAAUUGGGAAUUUAAAGUUGCCCCUGAAACUGGGUAGUCUGGUUUCUUUUAAGAUCACAGGUUUCGUCUGAAAAUUCCUCAGAAAAUUCAUGUAUGGUUUGAUCUUAUACAUUGUCUCGUGUGAACUCGGCUUUGGCUUUUUAAAAGCAACACGCUUGUUAGUUUAAUUAGCGGUGGACUGUGUAGCAGUUAGCACGAGUCAUUAGACAUGAUUUUAUUUUUCUUUUGCUUGGCUUUUAGUGGGCUUUUCAAUUCUUUCCGUAAAGCCUUGUCAAACUGAAACAAAAACUGCUUUGCGUUUUUUUAUGUUGUGUUUUAGAAGAGUGUUAUUGUUUCUGGCAGGGGAAGUUUUUGUAUCACCAAUAAAGGACAUUGACGCAUA